UCUUCAACACAACACUUUCGCGUGUUGUUUACCAAUCUGUGCAGGCCUACGAGGUGUUUGCUUGUACCAUUUGCUUAUUUAUUUUCUUGAGGGUCAUCUAUAAAUAGAAACACAAACAGGCCUGUUGAAGAAAGGACACUAAAGUGCUAACCUGGUGUCGUGCUCUGGAAAUCCCGGAAGACAUUGUCUAUGGCAGAAGGUUCUGUAACUGAAGAACUUACCACAAUGUAAAAUAUAUAACUGUCAUCUGCUGGAUUGGAGUGGUAUUGCACUUGAAGCAGACAGUACUGUACUAGCAAGUGGACAGCAACUGAGACAAUCACGAUGGAUGUGAAACAAAAUGGUGGAGAACAGGCACAUGUUCACUUUGAGGCAGAACAGGUGAAGGCUCACAACCUUGAGAUCCAGCUGAAAUAUGUGAAUGAAGGUCGUAUCGAAGUACACCUUGGUUUCCUUCAAAUGUUCCACCACUAUACAGUCAAAUUCUGUAUCCGUGACAAUCUCAGUGAGGACAUAGUGGCAGAUCCGUCAAGGAAUCUUUAUGUCCACCUGAAAGAGUAUAGUCCUACAGAAGAUGGUCUUGGCCAUAACAUAGAGGUGGAAUUCCACGCUAUCAAAGAGAAGCUGAUCAAUGAAAUAUUGACAAUCAAGAGUAGCACAGAUCCAAAUCAAACGCUAGACCUAAUGUUUAUGGCCAGAGUCUUAGGAAAAGGAAAAGGUGUUCCUGCAAUCAAGAACGGAAUUCACUGUUAUAAGGUGGACGCUGAAGAUGACACAGAUGCCAACAGUGACUGGCAAGGCUUUAACUGAAUUUAAAACAACUACUGUAAAGGACAGUACAAGGGAAUUUAUUUGUCUGUUUUUAUAUUGGUAUUGGAGUUGUAAUCAUAUUAGGUGCAUGCUACAGAGACUGUUUGCUGAGACAUCAUUACUCAACCAAAACUAUUAUGCUUUCUUUGGGAACCUCGACUUCUGACUUUUUUGCCCAAUAAGUGACACUGUCUGUAUCUUUAAGUGUACUAAAGACAUAACAUUUUAGGUAUUAAAAUGCCAGAGGCUUAUGGUGUCUUCGAUGUCAGUAUUUACAUCAUUACCAUCAUCCAAAGUGCACAAAGUGCAAUGUGUUGUCUAUUUUAUCCAUGCACAGACUUAUAAAUUAAUAGAUAUUCUGAGAUCCAAGUUUUUAUCUUCCCUCCAAUUUUUCUUGAGUUCCCAUAUGUUAUGUUAUGGAAGUCACUCCUUCGUCAUGUAGUAACCAUGAUUUCGAAGACCGACACAAGCCAUGCUUCCCUAGCAACAAGUAUGUGUUCUUAUCACAACUCUUUGUUUGGUUACUAUCUUUUUUGUAAUUUAUAGUUUUUAUUCAGAUUAUCUGGUUUAUUAUCUUAUGUUGUAAACAUUUUUUUGCAAAAACUAAAAAAUAAAUCUUACGUCCUGGAUGUACCUGAGGCAGAGUGUAUUCUAAUCCAAAAAUACUUUUGUAAGGAAACAUGAUAUUCACAUGGUUGGAUUUUAAGGUAUUGCACACCAUAUUUAUUAAGAUGAAUGUUGAGAUAUACUGUUUUAUGUUUGUAUUGCUGUAAACAUACUUUUUUGACACACUAGAAUUUUAACAAAGAUACAGAAGUAGGAUAGAUAAUUGGACUCAGGACCCUUACACAUGUCCAAUUAAAUAAAUAAGAUAAAGGGUUUUUCUUGACAGAUCAGUUGGUAUUUUUUUUCAAUAUUAAGUGGUUAUCAAUUUUUAGCUGGUUAGCCACAUUGACAUCCAUAGACAGCUAAAAGUUUUUAUAAAACAGUGUUGUGUCAAUACUAAUGAGGAUACAACAUAGGACUUUAGCACGUGUGAUCCUUGUGACAAGACCUUUCCAUUGGUACUAUAUUCAUGGAACUGCUGACCUUGACCUUGACCUUAACCUCUUGCAUUUACCAUACUUAUUAACUAAACAUGUAUGUUUCCUUUUCACAAAAAUCAUCUUCAUUAUUAGGUUUCAGUCCUAGGACUUGGAUGGUCAGUUGGCUCAGUGGUAACACACUUGCCUUUCUCCUAGAUGGCGGAGGUUCAGUUCCUCGAUUGGUCAUGAAAAAGUCGAUUUUCUCCGGGUACUCUGGUUUCCUCGCACAGUAAGACCCCUCACACACUUCCAUCUGGGCAACCUAGUGUGAUUAAUAUAAGUUAAUAUAACUUGUUUCUCAUGUGCUGUAAAAUGAAAAAAGUUUUAUCUUAGUACUUUACAUUGUAAAGCUGGGGUGAUCUUUCUAGUAGGCUACCAGUCCUCAUACUUGCUGUGUUUGAUACCUUUCUGCAAAAUUUGAUACUGAGAAUACAUUCAUGGGACAACUGACCCAAACUCCUGAAAAAAGCUGUGCAACCUAGAACUAUGUUUUAUAUUCUGAACAUCAAUUUAUAUAUGAGAAUAAAACAUCAAUUUAAUAAGUUAACAUGGUUACUGCUCUUAGAGAUGAUUUUUUAGCAUUGAAUAAACAGUAUUAAAAUUCUUGAUUUAAUUAAGUCGCAUGCCUGUGUUUAUGGUAUGUAUUAUUGCUAGUGAUCAUUUGUGUUCUUCCUUUUAUAGAAAUUAUACAAUUAUUUUACUAGAAUUGAAUUUAAGAUACUGACAUAAAAUGUAUUAACUGCUGAAUUGUGACUUUUUAGAGAAGAAAACAUUGAAUGUUUGAUAAGAUAUGAUUUUGAUGUAUAACAUGUUUUUACCAAGGACCUAUAAUACAUAGAUCUAUCACACGAUCAAUCUGUUGUCCAGUGAAUUUACCUGUGUAUGUUGUAUACACUGUAGUAUUUUUUAUUUGCUGUGCCAGUAAGAUAUCAAUUUGACUGUAUGACAUCAUAAUAUGGACAAUGACGGGACGCCAUGAGUUGUGAAUGGUUCAACAAAAUGGUUGUCUCUUCUUGAAUAACUGUCAAAUUGUAAGUUUUCUGAGUUAUGCACUGAAAGUAUCUUAAAUAUUUAAGUUUUCAUAUUAUGAAACUCAUAAAAUCUCAUAUGAAUCAAAAACUCAUUUGAGACUCUAUAUAUGUAUGUCCCUAAUUUCACUUUAUGUGUAUUAUGUUGCUGAUUAUCUUGAUUGUGGUGCUGGAACCAAUGAACAGUACAUGUAGUAAUUUUCGUUAUUUGUUGGUAUUUUGUAUUUGCAUAUUGGUGCUUGUGUUAAUUUUUAUCCCUACCACAGAGACCUGAGAAAUUUAGCCUCCCAAAACGUCAGAAAAAGUGCUAUGUAAUUAGGGAAGGUCCAAAUCCCUACAACACUGUGACAUGGUCGUUACACUUUAGUAAAUGCCAUACCAAGAGAAUAUUAAUAUGUGAUUUGUUUUCUAAUGACGUUUAAGGUAUAUAAUAUUAUAGUCUCUGUGUUAUGCAUUAGUCUUCCAAUGCUCUUGAAGUGUUUGCUUAAUUUGCUGGAACUGAUUUCUGGUCACUUUCAAUAUCUAUAGCACUAAAGGAUCAAAUUAACCGGUAUCUCCAUGUCCAGCUAUAUAGCACUUAGGAUCAAAUUCCUGUAUCUCCAUGUCCAGCUAUAUAGCACUUAGGAUCAAAUUCCUGGUAUCUCCAUGUCCAGCUAUAUAGCACUUAGGAUCAAAUUCCUGUAUCUCCAUGUCCAGCUAUAUAGCACUUAGGAUCAAAUUCCUGGUAUCUCCAUGUCCAGCUAUAUAGCACUUAGGAUCAAAUUCCCGGUAUCUCCAUGUCCAGCUAUAUAGCACUUAGGAUCGAAUUCCCGGUAUCUCCAUGUCCAGCUAUAUAGCACUUAGGAUCAAAUUCCCGGUAUCUCCAUGUCCAGCUAUAUAGCACUUAGGAUCGAAUUCCUGGUAUCUCCAUGUCCAGCUAUAUAGCACUUAGGAUCGAAUUCCUGUAUCUCCAUGUCCAGCUAUAUAGCACUUAGGAUCAAAUUCCCGUUAUCUCCAUGUCCGGCUAUAUAGCACUUAGGAUCAAAUUCCUGUAUCUCCAUGUCCAGCUAUAUAGCACUUAGGAUCAAAUUCCUGUAUCUCCAUGUCCAGCUAUAUAGCACUUAGGAUCGAAUUCCUGUAUCUCCAUGUCCAGCUAUAUAGCACUUAGGAUCAAAUUCCUGUAUCUCCAUGUCCAGCUAUAUAGCACUUAGGAUCAAAUUCCUGUAUCUCCAUGUCCAGCUAUAUAGCACUUAGGAUCAAAUUCCUGUAUCUCCAUGUCCAGCUAUAUAGCACUUAGGAUCAAAUUCCUGGUAUCUCCAUGUCCAGCUAUAUAGCACUUAGGAUCGAAUUCCCGUUAUCUCCAUGUCCAGCUAUAUAGCACUUAGGAUCGAAUUCCCAGUAUUUCUAUGUCCAGCUAUAUAGCACUUAGGAUCGAAUUCCCGGUAUCUCCAUGUCCAGCUAUAUAGCACUUAGGAUCAAAUUCCUGGUAUCUCCAUGUCCAGCUAUAUAGCACUUAGGAUCAAAUUCCUGUAUCUCCAUGUCCAGCUAUAUAGCACUUAGGAUCGAAUUCCCGGUAUCUCCAUGUCCAGCUAUAUAGCACUUAGGAUCAAAUUCCUGUAUCUCCAUGUCCAGCUAUAUAGCACUUAGGAUCAAAUUCCUGGUAUCUCCAUGUCCAGCUAUAUAGCACUUAGGAUCAAAUUCCUGGUAUCUCCAUGUCCAGCUAUAUAGCACUUAGGAUCGAAUUCCCGGUAUCUCCAUGUCCAGCUAUAUAGCACUUAGGAUCAAAUUUCCUUAGGUUAUAUAUCCAUGCUGGAUUCAGGCCCGAUUUGAAGGUGUUCAGUGUAGGGGAAAUACAUCUGGAGAAGGACUUUUAGAACAUAGUUAUAUAGUCUAUACACAGGCGUCUACAUCUGGAUAGUAUAUAUAUAGGAAAAAAAUAUUAGCCCCACUCCUAUGAUAUUAGUGACAGAAGUGGCAAAUAUACUAUGCAAAUGCCUGUGGUCUAUUGGACUGUCUGACUGAAACCGGAAUUCUAAUUUCACUGCUGUAUCUGUAGUACAGGGUGGUCGGGUGGCACAGUGGUAACACACUUGCCUUUCACUUAGAUGGCCGGGGUUCGAAUCCCCGAAUGUGAAAAGGUUAUAGAGGUCACCUGCUCGACCACGUGGGUUUUCUCUGUGUCCCCACUAAGACCCCUCCUCCGCUUCCAUCCGACUAACAAGCGUGAUUGAUAUACGUUGAUAAUAUACCGAGGUAAGUUGAGUCUGAAGGGUUGUCUGUCUGUUAACGAAACCAACACUAUGUUGGAAGAUAGUUGUAGACUCGCAAAUCCCCAACUCACCUUCCAUAUAUAUAUUUAAUUUCCAUAUAUAUAUAUUAAAUUUCCAUAAUGUUAAAUCAGAGACGUAUAUACCUGAUAUACAAGUCUCUGGUUAAAUAGAUCAAAUCAACACGGAGGGUACAAUUACGGUAUGGCUAUAUGUAAUGGUCGCGGAUUAGGCUUGCGAAGUCCUUAUGGUUGGAAAUGUUACGUCGGUACUUCGCUGCAAUUCAUGUCUAUUUUAUAUGAUUUUGUAGUUUUAUCAAUUUUACGUAUAUUAACGCCAUUGUGUGGAUUUAAAUAACUGAAUAAAUUUAUCAAAUUUUAUAUAAUCA